AUGGCGGACGCGAUGCUGGGCAGCGGGCCCGGCCGAAGCCGCCCGUGCCUGCUCUCGGCAGUGCCGGCCGAGCGAGCGACCGCCUGCGAAGGACGGCCCGGGGCCGGACGUGCGCCCCACCGGAGCGGCCCCGCAGCCCCCCCGGGCCCACCCCGCGAGCAGCCCGUGCUGGAGCCCGUCCUGCCCGAGGAGCCGAACGGCACCGACAGCGCCAAGGCCCCCAAGGUGAACUGCGAGGAGAGGAACACCACGGGCAUCGAGCGCUUCACGCUGCAGAUCCUGAACGUGUCGCAGGACCUGAUGGAGUUCCUAAACCCAAACAGCAGUGACUGUACGUUGGUCCUGUUCUACACUCCGUGGUGCCGCUUUUCUGCCAGCCUGGCACCUCAUUUUAACUCUUUACCCCGAGCAUUUCCAACCCUUCGCUUCCUGGCACUGGAUGCGUCCCAGCACAGCAGUUUAUCAACUAGAUUUGGAACUGUGGCUGUACCAAAUAUCCUCCUUUUCCAAGGUGCUAAACCUAUGGCUAGAUUUAAUCAUACAGACAGAACGCUGGAAACCCUGAAAGACUUCAUCUUUAACCAAACAGGGAUAGAAGCUAAAAGUGACGUGGCUGUGACGAAGGAGGACUGGGAAGGGCCCCUGCCCAGCGUCCUGACGAAGGGCAUAGACUGGCUGCUCCUGUUCUCCGUGCUCUUCCUGGCCAGCUUUGUCCUCUACGCGACCCUUCGGACCGAGAGCAUCCGCUGGCUCAUCCCGGGACAAGAGCACGAACACCAGGAGUAACCUCAGAUGCUGAAACGGGGACAAGAAAUCCCACUUAUUGGUAAAGCGGGAAUUUCUAUGGCCUAGAAGCACCUAAGAACAAACUGCUGAAUUUGUCGGUUGUAAUUUAUAAUAACAGCUAAAAAUCGGCUUUAUUUAUCCACUACUGAAUCUGUAAAAAGCACAUUGGUGGCGACUGCGGUGGUAAGAAAACAGAUACGAAGAAACACGAACUAAAGUAUUUAUUAGGCUGCUCUGAUUGGCCUCUUUCUCGUGGGCUCCAGUGUAAUUAGUGAUACAGUUCUACUUCGCUCUUCUGAAGAGCUCCCUGAUCUACAAGCUCUCCCUUGUAGACCAAGGAAGAUUUUUAGAGCUCCCUGGUCUGUACAUGGCACUGCAAGGAAAACACUGGUGAAGGGAGAUAAAUGAUGUUUUACAAGACAGUGAACUUCAGAUGAGCUGUUCCUUUGUCUGCCAGCAGUAACAGUUCCAAAGCUGUUUCAUUCCCGUGGCUGACUGUUCCCACCUCUGGCACUGGGAUGGUGCUGCUUUUCUCCUUCACUCUGCCCUGAGUUUUGACUUAGUGGCAGUUCUUGAUGAGAUUUAGAAUAACUUCCCAAGCUGACCUCACUAUUUUUGUGUGUGUCUAUACAGCUUAUUUACCACAUUCCUGGAGAAUGAAAUUGUAUUAAUUGUCCUUUUUAAAAAAAAAUAAAUCAGGUUUUUAGUGAAACCUUUUAAGUCACUUUCUUAUAGGACUUAAAACAUGUGAUUUCUGAACUAUGGCUCACCUGCCUAAAUUAGCAAGACCAGUCCUGAUGUUUAUUUAAAUUUCUACUACCAUCUUUGCUGGUUCCACAGUCUCCAGCUGAGGCUACAUAAAGAAUUGAUAUUUUUUUAGUUAUAAUUAGUAUGGAAGAUUUUGGAUAAGGUAUGGACUGGUAUGUUGUGUGGCAUUUGGAUUAUUUGAUUGCAUAGCAUUUACCACAGUGGAGGCUUGCCAGAGUACCCUGAUAGGAAGAUUUAGAGAGCAAACUAAGCUAAGGCAAAACAAAGACUUAUUGCUUCACAAAGAGUUGUAUCUCUGCAACCUAACUCUUCAAGUAUUUCUCUGCUGGCUCUGUCUUUUCCUUUGGAAAGUGGAGGUCCUGUAUUUCUGUGUCCAAAAAGGAAACUGCACUGGUAAAACGUCGGUAUGACCGAAGAUAAAGCUACGAUGGAUGUUAUUAAUAAAGAUCCAAGAUUUUGAAUGAGU